AUGUCUACCGCCUUAACCCACAACUCUUUGAAUGGCACCAACGGAGGUCAUACUCCUGGCAAGAGACUCAAGGUCAUUGUCGUGGGAGCAGAGUUCGCCGGUAUGACCGCUGUCAUUGAAUGCCAGAGACGAGGCAUGGACGCUAUUCUCGUCGAAAAGUACACCAACUCGGCCGAAUAUGGCGAUAUUAUCGACUUUUUCGCCAAUGCAGGUCGAAUCGUCGAUGCAUGGGACAAUGGCAAAGUUGCUGAUAGAUUGCUCGACAUCUGCAUCACCAAAGCAAAGUGGAUGCAAAUGCUCAAACACACUGGUGAAGCUGUCCAUCGUGACCCCUGGUACCUCAAGCCAGAGCACUUCAGAUACCAAUAUGCUGGUCAGAGAGGCGCCAUGUGGAAGAUUUUCCGCGACUACGCCGAGGGACUUGGUGUCGAGAUGCACUUUGGCGUUGGAGUGGUCGACUAUUUCGAAACUGCGGACGAAACCGGAGUGGUUCUCGCCGAUGGAACCAAGAUUACUGGCGAUUGUGUUCUGGCUGGGGAUGGCCCAAAGUCCUUGGCUAGGCAGAAAGUCCUCAAACUCGAAGAUAAGAAAACCAAUAGCGGCUAUGCCAUCUUUAGGUCUUAUUUCGAAGCAACCGAGGAAUUCAGAGAGCAUCCUCUUUUGCAAGAGUAUCUCAACCCGGACGAGGACACCAUUAAGUUUUGGAUUGGUCCGGACUCUCAUAUGCUGGCCUACUCCUGGCAGGGAGGCUCUAAGGUCGUAUGGGUAUUCUUUCACCCAGAUAAAGAAGACAUUGGCGAAUCGUGGUCUGAAUCAGCCGACAAGUCAUCCGUUUUGAACUAUAUUGACAGCAUUGGGUUCAACGAUGAAUGCAGGGCCAUAGUGGAGCUUACGCCUCCUGGAAGAGUCAUUGAUUUCAAGCUUGGGGGCUCCCAGGCUAUGGAAGAUUCAGUCACAGCUGCCAUCUGCCUAGAAAAGGCAGAGGGUGAUGUUCCACUGGCGUUGAAGGUAAUGGAAAGAAUCCGUUUCAACCGCUCACAUAUCACGCACCAAGCAGGGAUGCAGAUACGCGACAUUUGGCACCAGAAUCCCUGGGAGCAUGUUGAAGAUGACCCAGAGAAGAUCGCAUUAGCCAGAGGAGACUGGAUUUUAGAUUUCGAUGCCGUAAAGACUGCAGAAGAAAACUUUGAGCGUUUAGCAGAAGAUGUACGUAACGGAAAGAAGGGUACGCUGCCAGAGCUUUCACUGCCAGCCGGUAGCGUGUAUGACGAUAUCAGCAGCAAGUAG